AUUUAUUGGGUGAGACCAGGAUCAGCGGCCUGUCGAGCGCCUUAAAAUAUGGAUGCUUUCUUUGCAGAGGGGACGCGUGUGUGGGUGAAAGAGAAAGAGCAGCUGAUUCCCUCUACAGUGAACUCCUGUGGAGAUGGAACCAUCGUCCUCACUACUGACUAUGGAGAGGUGUUGUACCUGCAGCAGGCGGAGGUGAACAGGGAGAAGGUGUACCCCAUGCACCAGAGCAGCAUCGAUGGUGUUGAGGACAUGUCCACGCUGGCCGAGCUCCACGAGGCUGCCAUCAUGCACAACCUUCACCAGCGCUAUCAGAAGGAUCACAUCUACACGAACAUCGGCUCCAUCUUGGCAGCAGUGAAUCCGUAUAAGCAGAUCGCAGGCCUGUACGAUCUCUCAGCAGUCGACCUGUACAGUCGACAUCACCUCGGCGAACUCCCACCUCACAUCUUCGCUGUGGCCAGUGAGAGCUACCGAUGCCUCUGGAAAAGACACGACAGCCAGUGUGUGCUCAUCAGUGGAGAGAGCGGAGCUGGUAAAACAGAAAGCACUAAACUUCUGCUCCAGUUUUUGUCUGUCAUGAGUCAGAAUUCAGCGGGUGCUCCGGAGAAAGCCACCUGCGUCGAAAAAGCCAUCAUGCAGAGCAGCCCGAUCAUGGAAGCAUUUGGAAACGCCAAAACUGUUUACAACAACAAUUCCAGUCGCUUCGGAAAGUUCAUCCAGCUUCAUUUCAGUCAGAGCGGGAACAUCCAAGGAGGCUGCAUCGUUGACUAUUUGCUUGAAAAGAACCGUGUGGUCAGACAGAACCCUGGAGAGAGAAACUAUCACAUCUUCUACGCACUGCUGGCUGGUGCUGAUACAGGGCAGAAAGAAAUGUAUUAUCUGGCCGAAACCCCUGAGUUGUUUCAUUACCUGAGUCAGUCUGGAUGUGUGAAGGACCGCAACCUGGACGACAAGAAGCUGUACAACAGUGUCAUGGAAGCGCUGAAAGUGCUGGAGUUCAGUGAGGAGGAGAUCAGAGACAUGUUCAAGCUGCUGUCUGGUGUCCUGCAGCUGGGCAACAUUGAGUUCAUGACAGCAGGGGGCGCUCAGAUCACCACCCAACAGGUGAUCACUAACGUCAGUGAGCUUCUGGCCCUGGACUCAUUCCAGCUGUCUGAAGUUUUGACUCAGCGCUCCAUCAUCCUGAGAGGAGAAGAGAUCUGUUCGCCGCUUACUAUAGAGCAGGCGAUAGAUUCGCGAGACUCGGUUGCCAUGGCGCUGUACUCUCAGUGCUUCUCCUGGAUCAUCAUGCGCAUCAACCAGAAGAUCAACGGCCGAGACAACUUCAAAUCCAUCGGCAUCCUUGACAUCUUCGGCUUCGAGAAUUUUGAGGUGAACCGCUUCGAGCAGUUCAACAUCAACUACGCUAACGAGAAACUGCAGGAGUAUUUUAACAAACACAUCUUCUCUCUGGAGCAACUAGAGUACAACAGGGAGGGAAUUCGCUGGGAAGCCAUAGACUGGAUGGACAACGCAGAAUGUCUGGAUCUGAUCGAAAAAAAACUGGGCAUGUUGGCGUUGGUUAAUGAGGAGAGCCGCUUCCCUAAAGGCACAGAUUUCACUCUGCUGGAGAAACUACACAGCCGACACUCGACGAACCCUUAUUAUGUGAAGCCUCGACUGGCAGAUCAUCAAUUUGGAAUUAAGCACUACGCUGGAGAGGUUUUGUAUGACGUCAGAGGCAUCUUGGAGAAGAACAGAGAUACGUUUAGAGAUGAUAUCUUGACCAUGCUGAAGGACAGCAGACUGGACUUCAUCUACGACCUGUUUGAACAAGUGGGCAGCAGGAAUAACGAAGAGACCCUGAAGAUGGGCACCGCCCGGAAGAAACCCACCGUGAGCUCCCAGUUCAGAGACUCUCUGCACUCCCUAAUGGCCACUCUCAGUGUGUCCAACCCCUUCUUCGUGCGCUGCAUCAAACCCAACAUGGACAAGACACCCAACAGGUUUGACCCGGAUGUGGUUCUGAAUCAGCUGCGAUACUCCGGCAUGCUGGAGACGGUGAAGAUCCGGCGUGCAGGGUUUCCCAUCAGACGCACUUUCAAAGACUUCUUGAGCAGGUAUAAGAUUAUUCUAAAGGAAGAUGGGAAAACGGCAGCAGGUGAUGGAGAUGAGAAAAAAAGGUGCACUGAUCUGCUCACCAAAUACGACCACGCCAAGAGAGAGUGGCAGCUUGGGAAGACCAAGGUGUUCAUGAAGGAGUCUCUGGAGCAGAGACUGGAGAAGGAGCGAGACGAGGUGCGCCGUAAAGCUGGACUCAUCAUACGGGCACAUCUGCUCGCUUACAUAGCAAGGAAGCACUUUAAAAAAGCUCUGUCCAGCAUCAUGACCAUCCAGAAGAACUACCGUGCACAUUUCUACCGCCACCGGUUCCUACGCAAACGCUCGGCCGUGCUCGUGCUGCAGAAGUGCCGGCGUGGGCAGGUGGCGCGGUCCAGGUGUCGCAAACUCCGAGACGAGAAGAGGAAGAGGGAGGAGGACGAGAGGAGGAAGAAGGAGGAAGAGGAGAAGAAGCGACAGGGAUAUGGAGCACAGAUGAAAGGAGGAGAUGCAGACAAAGCAGAGGAUGAGGCAGCAGGAGGCACUCAGGUCUCUGUGGAGGAGCAGAGCCGUCAGAUGGAGGAGAUCCUGAGGCUGGAGCGGGAGAUCGAGCGACUGCAGAAGCAGAGGGAGGACGGCGUGUCGCAGCUGUGUGAGAGCUCACGUCAGGAACUGAGGCUACGCCGUCACGCUGAGGCCCUGCGCCUCAAAAAGGAGGCAUCACGUGUUGCCACUCAGUUACUUGACCUCCAGAGCUUCACUGGUAUCCAGCCUGAACAGAAGGUCCCUGCGGCGCCUACUUUGCCCGCUACGGCUGAAGAUUCUGGUGUGGCAGAGGGUCCAGUCUCGCUGCCUGAUUUCCCUCCUCCGGCUGAGGGGCCUCCUGACCAGGAGAUCUUAGCCACACUGCCUCCACCUCCACCUGCCUUCGCUGAGGGCACGCUGCCUUCCUCUCCGCCUGCUGCUGCUCCAACCGUCCCUACGCCUCCUCCUCCUCCACCUCCUCCCUCACCUCCUCCACCUCCUCCUCCACUCCCAGGAGAGGCUGCACAGGUGAACAAGGACGUCUCCAAACCAGAGGAGGAGAAGGACGCGUCCAAGCCUGCAGAGCCUGAGACAGAGGAAAAAAAGGCAGACGAGGCAGAGGGUGAGGCAGCGGAUCGCGGCAGCAAGCUGACCGAAACCGAGGAGCCGAUUUACAGCCUGCCACUGGACACAGAGUCCGACUACGACCAGGACGAGCUGGAAGACGGUCAGAACAGCAACGCGGCAAAUGACCCGGAGCACGCGCGCAAGUCCACGUGCACCAACGCCAGCCAGGAGUCAUACAAUCGCAGCUCAGACUCGUAUGUGGAGAGCGAUGAGGAGCAUGACGGUCUCGCUGACACAGAUGAAGAGCUGUCGAACGGUAAAGGCAACGUGUUGAAUGGUAACGGCCCUCCAUACUUCCACAGCUACCUCUAUAUGAAAGCGGGUCUGAUGAUCCCGUGGCGAAGGCGCUGGUGUGUGCUGAAGGACGAGACGUUCAUGUGGUUCCGCUCCAAACAGGAGUCUCUGAAGUCGGGCUGGCUGUAUAAGAAAGGUGGGGGGCUGUCCACGCUGUCGCGCCGGAACUGGAAGAUGCGCUGGUUUGUGCUGCGUGACUCGAAGCUCAUGUACUUCGAGAACGACAGCGAGGAGAAGCUCAAGGGCACCAUUGACAUCCGUUUAGCCAAGGAGAUCGUCGACAACCACGAGAAGGAGAACGCACUGAACAUCGUGACGGAUGAACGGACAUACCAGGUGUUUGCAGAAUCACCAGAAGACGCCAGUGGAUGGUUCACUGUGCUGAGUCGGGUCCACACUGCCACCCCCGAGCAGCUGCUGGAGAUGUCCCAUGAGCAGGCGAACCCAAAAAACGCUGUGGGCACUCUGGAUGUCGGGCUGAUCGACUCUGUGUGUGCGUCUGACAAUCCGGACCGGCCGAACUCGUUCGUGAUCAUCACGGCGAAUCGAGUGAUCCACUGUAACACGGAGCUGCCGGAGGAGAUGCACCACUGGAUCAGCCUCCUGCAGAAGUCCAAAGGAGACGCCAAGGUCGAAGGUCAGGAGUUCCUGGUUCGAGGCUGGCUGCAUAAAGAGGUGAAGACCGGAGCCAAGAGCAGUGCGCUGAAACUGAAGAAGCGCUGGUUCAUUCUGACCAACAACUCUCUGGACUACUACAAAUCGGCCGAACGGAGCACAUCCAAGAUGGGCACGCUGGUGCUGAACAGCCUCUGCUCCGUGGUCCAGCCUGACGAGAAGGUCUUCAAAGAGACGGGAUACUGGAACAUUGUGGUUCACGGGAGGAAACAUUCCUAUCGGCUCUACACCAAGAUGCUGAACGAGGCCAUGAGAUGGGUUUCGGCUAUUCAGGGAGUCAUUGAGAACAAGGCGCCCAUUGAGACGCCGACGCAGCAGCUCAUCCGAGACAUCAAGGAGAACAGUGUGAAUUCGGAGGCGGUGGAACAGAUGUAUCGCCGGAACGCCAUCCUACGCUACACCCAGCAUCCACUGCACUCGCCCCUGCUGCCGUUACCAUACGGAGAGAUCAACGAUAGCUUGCAAAAGGAGAAGGGCUACGGCAGCCUGCAGGACGAGGCGGUGAAGAUCUUCAACUCUCUUCAGGAGAUGGAGAUCGUCUCGGACCCGGUAGCCAUCAUCCAGGGCAUCCUGCAGACCUGCCACGACCUGAAGCCGCUCCGAGACGAAGUGUACUGUCAGCUGAUCAAACAAACCAAUCAUGUGCCUCAGCCCAACAGCCCGGGCAACCGUGCACACUGGCACCUGCUCACGUGCAUGAGCUGUACGUUCCUGCCCAGCCGUGCCAUCCUGCGCUACCUGCGCUUCCACCUCAAGAGGGUGAGGGAGCGUCAUCCUGGCACCGAGAUCGAAAAAUACGCCCACUUUAUCAGCGAGUCUCUGAAGAAGACCAAGACGAGGGAGUUUGUGCCGUCUCAGGAGGAGAUCGCCGCCCUGCUGACCAGACGCGAGAUGACCACUACGGUGUACUGCCAUGGAGGAGGAUCCUGCAAGAUCUCCAUCAACUCCCACACUACUGCAGGAGAGGUUGUGGAGAAACUGAUCCGAGGUCUGGCGAUGGAUAACAGCCGGAAUUUAUUCUCCCUGUUUGAACACAACAAGGUGGAGAGCCGAGCUAUCGAGAGCCGCGUCAUCGUGGCAGACAUACUCGCCAAGUUUGAAAGACUGGCAGGAAGUGAGGAAGAGGAAGAGGAAGGCCCUUGGCGGCUUUAUUUUAAACUGUAUUGCUUCCUCGAUGUGGACAGCAUGCCCAAAGAAGGGGUGGAGUUUGCCUUCAUGUUUGAGCAGGCUCAUGAGAGUCUGAUCAGCGGUCAUUUCCCGGCCCCCGAGGAGACGCUGCAGCACCUGGCCGCACUUCGGCUGCAGUACAUCCACGGAGACGUGGCACGCACGCCGUGGAGCCUGAGCAGCGUGUAUCCGGUGGCCCGCCUCCGCACCCGCAUCCUGCACUCCACCAAGGUUGGUGGGUCGGGUGGGGUAGGAGUCGCGGGUUUGGGUCCAGGAGGUCACACGCUCGAGAGGAGAAGGACCAGCUUCCUGGACGGCACGCUGAGGCGCAGCUUCAAGACUGGCUCGCUGAAGAAGCAACGUGAGGAAGAGCAGAUGCUGGAGAUGUUUGUUAAGGAGGAGAUGUCGGCCACUCUGACCAGCGUCCUGGAGAAGUGGAACCGCCUGCAGGGGAUGCCUCAACACCAGGCUAUGCUCAGCUACAUGACCAUCAUCAAAGAGUGGCCCGGAUAUGGUUCUACGCUCUUCGACGUCGAGUGUAAAGAAGGAGGCUUCCCUCAUGACCUGUGGCUGGGAGUGAGUGCAGAGAACGUGUCUGUGUAUAAGAGAGGAGAACCCAAACCACUCGAGACCUUCCAGUACGAGCAUAUUGUCUUCUUCGGCGCACCGCAGCCCAGCACCUACAAGAUCACCGUCGACGAGAGGGAGAUGUUUUUCGAAACUCCUCAGGUGGGUGAGAUCACAAAGAUCAUGAAGGCCUACAUCAACAUGAUCGUCAAGAAGCGCUGCAGCGUCAUGUCCGUCACCAGCACCGGCAGCGCAUGGAUCAGGUGAUCGACCAGUCCAGCCAAGGAUUACAGGCGUGUGAGCAACGAAAUUGCCAGCGACAGGAAAAGUCCUUGUGUUGAACCAGGAAACAUGAGCACGCAGAGUGAAAAGGGAAGCGCAAGAAAUACAAAGGUCUCAAAACACUUGGACCACAGUUUAUUUGGUGAAACGUACCUAUUCACACUGCGACAAAGCACAACAAAUCCUGCAGUCCUGUGACGUGAACCCUCCCUCCCUCCCUCCCUUAAUGCUGGCACCAUCAUUGCUCAU